AUGGCCGAAAGUCCAAGUUUGAAUGGAGAUAAUAACCCAUUUGAUAUGCAGUUUCUGGCCAAAAUGCUCUCGGAAAUGAAAGCUCAAAAUGACAAUCUUGCAUCCACAUUAAAAGUUGAAGCUGAAAAGUCUGAAAAACAAAUUACUGAUUUGAAAAAGCAAAUUCUUGACAUGAAAACACACACUGAAAGCCAAAUGAAAGUUUUGAACGAAAAAGUAACUUGUUCGGGAGACAAAGCAGAAACCGAACAAAAUGGUACUGCUACGCCUUCAAAAGAAAAGGUCAAUUCUGAAGCAACAAAUUCUGGUGGUGUUGGUACUGAAAAUCAAUCUACUCCUACUUUCCGCCUUACUGAUACAGAAAGAGUAGUGUUUCAGUCUCCAAAAUCAGUGUUUGAAGACAAUUCGCAGUCAAGUGCCUCAGUUCCAAUAAACGAUGUUAGCAGUUUUAUUGUGCUUCAAUCCCAGAUUCCAAAAAUUACGGGAGACGACAAAACCGACGUUCUCGAGUCCUUCUUCUCGGCUUACAGAACUAGCACGCUACACUUUAGUGAGUUGUUAAAGAAGAAUCUUGUGGAAACCAAACUCACUGGUGAUGCUAAAGUAUGUUACAGAACCAUUCAGACCGAUUACCCGUUGUUAGACACGGAUAACUGCGUGAAAUUGUUGGAAAAAGAGCUGUUACAAUCAAAAUUUGACCCUGACAAGGCCAUGGCAGACUUCCAACGACCUUACUAUCGUAAACAUGAUCUGCAUAUUAGAGAUUAUGCCCGCAGAAUCAAAAUGCUGGCAUGUAGAGCACUCAUUGGUUACCCCAAAGAGCUUCGAGAACGAGAAAUGAUUGCCAAAUUUUUGGGUGGAUUGAAUUGUGAACAGGCUCACAUUGCACUCAGUUCACAACAAACAUUGAAUCCAGAUUAUGAUUCUAUGGUGCGAGUUGCUUGUAAGGUGUACGAUGGCUUACAGACUCGCUCACAAGUAAAGAAACAAAAUGACAUUUAUCGUCAAAACAGAAAGUAUGGUAAUAAUACCAAUUCAGAACAACAAAACAAGGUAUAUCCUCAAAAUUUUGGAAAAUUGCCUCAGGGUUUUCAGAAGCCCGGAAUGUGA